CAGACACACACACACACACACACACAGACACACACACAGCCCUAGACUGAGCUGUAGCUGCAGCGUUUGGAGAAAAACAUGGAGGUUGUAGGGGGAGGAAUAAACAUGCCAUCGGUCAGGCUAUUUUUCUGAGCUUUCCGAGGACUGAGGAAGUAGAAAGCAGGUAAACAACACAGCAGCAGCAGCAACAACAACAACAACAACAACAACAAAAAAGGGAAAAGAAAAGAAAAAAAAAUCUCUUAACCCUUAAAGCAGAUCUGUGUGUCGAGGCGAAGCAGCAGAUGGUGCCAUGUGAAUGCCUGAUGAUCAUGAAGGUCUCACACAAGCUGCUGUUUGCUCUGUGCCCAAUGCUGGUCCUGGUCUUCAUCUACUACUCCUCCGGGAAGCUUACUCUCCACAUAUGGGGAUACAAAUCACAUGUACACGUGGAGUCGUCUGUUUCUCUAAAGCCCACCAAACCUAAAGCUAAACCUAAAGUGACUGCAGGACCAAACGGACCAGAGCGCUACGGAACCUCUAACCAUUUCAUCAGAGCUUCUUUUCACAUGAUUGAGCCAGUAACGGUGGACAUCGUCUCCAAGGGACAGGUAGUAGACUCAGCAGCGCUCGAUAACCAGGGCUUUCUUCUGACGCUGGACGCGAAGCUCCCGCUGGAGUUGAUGCACAGGUAUGAGAACCUCAGCACUGGAGCCUGUAAACCCGGCUACGCCGCCGCCAAGAUGACCGCCAUCUUCCCAAAGUUUGUUAAGCCGGCCCCUAUGUUCCUUGACCGGAACUUUAAACGCUUAGCGAAAGUCAACAACUAUUUACCUCCAUUUGGAUUGAAAACACAAGAGCGAAUCAUAGACGCGAUAUUAACGGCUACGAAGACGUAUGGACUGAAUCCAGAACUCGACCGAUUGAGCUGUAAACGAUGUAUAAUAGUGGGUAAUGGUGGAAUCCUGGCCAAUAAGUCUCUGGGCUUGCGUAUCGAUGAAUACGACAUUGUGGUGAGGUUAAACGAGGCCCCGGUGAGCGGGUACACACGAGACGUCGGUUCCAAAACCACCAUGAGAAUAACGUACCCCGAGGGAGCCUUCCAGACUCCGGAACGCUACGAGAAAGAUUCCCUGUUCGUCUUCUCCGCCUUCAAACCUCUCGACUUUAAAUGGCUGAGGCACAUGAUCUUCCGAGAGAAAUUGCGUGGUUCAGAGGGCUUCUGGAAGUCUGUGGCCCAGUACGUGCCUAGGGAACCGUCCGAGAUGAGAAUUCUCAACCCUUUCUUCAUCCAAGAAGCCGCCUUCCAGUUCAUCGGCCUGCCGCUGAACAACGGCCUCAUGGGUAAAGGGAACAUCCCAACACUUGGUACCGUUGCCAUAACGAUGGCCCUGCAUAACUGCGACGAGGUUGCUGUCGCUGGAUUCGGCUACGACAUGAACACCCCUCACGCACCCUUGCACUACUACGAGACGGUCAAAAUGUCCGCCAUCAAAGAGUCCUGGACUCACGACAUCUCCAAGGAGAAGGAGUUUCUUCAGAAGCUGGUGAAGGCCAACGUCAUCACAGACUUGACGAAGGGGAUCUGAUUUGUUCCGGCGCGAACGCUUUUCUUACCUCAGAGCAGAGAACCCGAGGAUGCUGGGAAACCCGGACGAGAUUUGUACGGCGUACGGCUGCAGAAGUAAAAAAAAAAAAAAAGGUACAAGUGAUGCUACCACGAUACGAAAGCACGUACGUGCCUUCUGACCGAGACGCCUCCUCCGUCCCGGAGUCCGUCCUGAACAUCUGGAGAGACCGGCUUUUUCCGUCCUCGAUUUUACGAUUCGAGACGGACGUAAUCAGAGACCCGAGAGGCGACGGACAGGAACUGCGCUCGGCGCAAGAAACUCGACUGAUCGUGCCUCUCUGUACGUACCUCUUUGGGAGGAGACGGCUCUCCUCUACAGCACGAAUGUAUUCACUGUGUAGAGUCCAGUGUUUUAUCAUCAUGCCUUUUGUUUUGUUUUCCGUUCACUCUGCGCCGUCCACAUCACCGGAAGGUCAGAGGUCAAGCCUUAAGUCAUAUAGUGACAUGGAGUGUGUAGUGUUAAGAAUGUACGCUCAAACGGUUUCGUUUUGUUGUCGUUUCUGUUUUUUUUUUUUUUUUUAAUUAUUUAUUAAGCCCUCUUUAAUUGGAGAGGAUUUUUAAUGUUUUAUUCUGUUUAACGGAAAGCUUUUUUUUGUUGUUGUUGUUUUUAAAUUAUUUCCUUAUUUUAAUUCCUUGAUGAUUUUUUUUUUCCACUUAAUUACGUUUUGUACUCUCUGUCACCUUUUUUUUUUUUUUUUUUUUUUUUUUUUUUUUUUUUUUUUCCUCCUCCUCCCCCAUCUAAUACGUCGUUACGCCAAGCCGCCAUGUUGUCUGUGUUGUGCGUCUGUGUGUCAGCUUCUCGCCGAAGGUACGGGAGGUCCGGGACACAAAAUAAAUACAAAUGUUUACUUUUCUGAUAACCGGUUCAGCUUCGCUAGGUCCGAGGUUAUUUUCCGAAUAGUUUCUCCUUUGUACUUUUUUUUUUUUGUUUUUUUUUUGUUUUUUUUUGAAUUGUCAUCGUCUGUAUUUUAAAACGUUUCUAUUUGAAUUCAUCACGUCAGUUGUUUUGUAAUUUCAUAAAAGUUGUAUAAUUUGUGAGAAUAUCGACGCUACAUUCUGAAUCACAGUCGGGGGGUUAAAGGUGCCUCGGCAGUUCUUUGCAGUACGUCAUUGUUUUGUUUUGUGUUGUUUUUUUGGGGGUUUUUUUCCUCCCAUGCAUUGCAGCUUCACAUUGAUUCAGACCCGUACCCACGGCAAGCACGCCAGAGGUGUGACGAACUCCCCAGGAUAACGUAAAAAAAAACAAAAAAAACGUCCAAACGGUCUUUAGAGGAGCUGAAAUGAGAAACACACGUAGCCCGGUCACGCAGGAUGAGCACAUCCCACGUCGGGGCUAUUAGCAUUUUAAUCGCCAUAACCUACACGUGUCCGACAAACAGAAACGGAUCAAAACUACUCUGUUGCCUUUACAGGAAACCCCACCCGCUGCACUACACACAUCGGGAAAGGACGAUUUAUCAAUCAGCACUCACACAUGACGGACAGCACUUUCAGAAUCCGAGACGGCUAAUGCGUCCGACACUACGCCGGCAUGAAGGCUAACGCUCUUGUUAGCGCUACACGCACCUCGCAGUUUAACACGAUGAAAGAAGAUAAAGACACUAUACAGAUUUUUAAUUGUGUAACUCAUAGACACGUGACGGUUUAUUUUUAUUUAUUUUCUUUCCCGUUGUUCGUCUUCGUUAAAGCACUUCGCUAGCUAACCGACUCGCCAUAUUUUAUCACGUCACGUUAGCUACCACGUUUUAGCCUCGUUGCACAAGGCUGGGAGGCACGCUGGACUGGGAGGCACGCUGGAACUCUUACUCGGCUCGUUAGCUAGCUACUCGGUUUUUUUUGUUUGUUUGUUUGUUUGUUUUUUAAUCGAUUGUCCACACGCCAAUUCGUACUAAUGUAUACGCUUUCUAUAUACACUACCUGCAAUUCACGAGUAAAUGUAGCAGUAUCACGAAGGCAAAAAUGUAAAUCAGCGCUUCGUCUCGAUCAAGUCUGAAAUAUGACUGGAAGCAAAUGGAAAGUGGUAUAUCAGCUCAGAUUGUUACUAAACAAACACCAGUGUCAUAUUCACAACAUUUAAACGUGAUUUUCUUCUUUUAUUUAUAUAUAUAUAUAUAUAUAUAUAUAUAUAUAUAUAUAUAUAUAUAUGUAUGUAUAUGUAUGUAUGUAUGUAUGUAUGUAUGUGUGUGUAUGUAUAUAUAUAAUUAAUUAAUUAUCUUCAGCAGCAUAAUAAAUGUGUUGAGGUUGGGAAAGUGUAUUUAUCUUAGCCACGUUUGACCGACCUUGUAUUUGUGACCCGUGUACAGUAUCAAUCACGUUCUAGACGUUACUUAAAAAAAAAAAAAUAGAUAGCAAAUUUGUCCAGAUCAAGCGGAACGGUCAGACGAGGCUGAGCAUAUUUAUUAUGUUUGGAGAUCUGUGUAAUACUGGAUACAGAGUAUCUGAAUCUCAUGCCAAAGACAUGUAUGCAGUAAUGUAGUAUUAUUAAGUGCUUCCUUAAUUGUACGUCCUGAUCUCUGUCGGCACUCGAGGAGCGGAAGCGUUCCUCUGGAGUGUGGACUCCUCCAUCGUUACUGUAUCGAAUCGAGUUUUCUGUUGUAUUUUUCCUGGACGAUGCCUCGGCGCAACAGCAGGACGGAGAGCGCUCGAUCAGUUUGGGGUUUUUUUUGUUGUUGUCGUCGUCGUUUUAUCGAGAAACCCCGGACGUGUCGUGUAAAGCUUGACCUUCCUGUCAGAACAACCGCCAGAUCAUCGAGCCGACCGGAAUAUGCAUGACGGUGUCCGGCCUUGUCCUGCUUCCUGCUCUCGGAUAGGUGGGAUUGUCUGCUGUUUAAUUAAUGUAAGAAUGAAUGAAUAAAUAAAUAAAUAAUGUCAAAUGGAAA